UGCCCGGCUGUGCCCGGGACCGUGGGGGGCUUGGGCGGCGUCUCACCCACCGGUAUGGGACCAUCCUGCUGUGCCUACGCGCACCAGUUUAGAGGAGCCGGGUCCCGGUUACCCCUGGCGCUGCCCCGGGAUGUGGGACUGAAUCCCGGCUCCCCGCGGGCUGGGCAGGGCAGGACCGGGGCGGGCGGGGCCGCUCCUGGCUCCGGUGGCAGGGCCGAGACGUGUCGGCUACGUGGCCCCGGGGCGGGGCGGGCGGCACCGACACGCGAACGGUGCUGGGUGAGUGGGUACCGGGGGCACCGGCGGUACUGGGUGUGCUGGGUCAGUGGGUACCGGGGGGAUGCAUUGCCUGGGCAGCCUCAGCCGAUUCCGCACGCUCUGCGUUCCCAGCGCAGCCCCUCGCGCUCUCGGAGCCCUCGCCCCUUUCCCAGCACCGGGGCCCCACGGGCCCUCCCAUCGCCCCCCCCGACCCCGUGUUCUCGUCCUGCUGCAGCCCCAGGUGUUGGGAUGAGGAAGCCGCUGGUGAUGCUGAUCCUGCUGCUGCUGCUGGGGCCAGUGGCCUGGGCUGCCCCCAGGGCGGGGACAAAGAGGCCUGGGCCCGCCAUGGCCACACUCGUGGAUCCAUAUCCUGACCCGCUGAGCCCGGAGUCGCCUGCACUGCUGCUGCUGUGGAGCGCAGUGAGGAGCCUGGGGCCACCGGAGCAGGAUGUGAAAGCCAUGACACGGGAGCAGGCCCUGCUCUACCUCUUCGUGCUCCACGACCACGACCGGAGCAGGCACCUGGAUGGGCUGGAGCUGCUGCAGUUGCUUGGCACGGUGCUGGCACAGGCUGGGGGGCAGCCAGAUCCUGAUAUGGUGGCUGCAAUGGUGGACCAAGCCCUGGCAAGGCAGGACCUGAAUGGGGAUGGGCUGCUGGACCCCUUUGAGCUGCUGGACCCCCCCGAGGUGCUCUUGCCUGGCCAGGACCAGGGACCCCCAGGACAACCUCCCUUAGAGCAGCAGGCAGGGGUUGGGGCUGUGCCUGGGAGGGGCACAGAGAUGCCCAGGCAGGACCUGGGGUUGAGAAACCUAGGACAGGCACCCACUGAAGCUGGAGACCCCCAGAGUGGAGCCCCCGAGGAUGGAGCCCCCAAAGUGGAAUCUCUUGAGGUGGAAUCUCCCAGUGCUGAGGCCUUGGAGGCAGAAGUGAUCCCUGAGGCCAAAGCCCCCAGCAGUGAUGCCGCAGAGGAAGAGGAAGCCCCUGAGGCUGAAGCCCCUGAGGAACAGGCAGCCCCAGCCUGGAGGGACCACGGGGAGGGGUAGGCAGUGGGGGCUGUGGGAUGCAGCCCUACUCCCUGCCCUGCUCAGGGCACAGAGUGGCAGGGGGA